AUGUCUACCUCCUUCACUAACAAGACCGUCAUCGUGACCGCGUUCCUCGCCGCAGGCGCCAACGUCGUGGCGACGGAUAUCCAAGACACGCUGCUCGAUGCGCUUCCUGCCGCUAUUGAAGCCGAGCACAAGGAGCGCCUGCUCCCGUACAAGUGCGACAGUUCCGACGACGCUGGCGUGCAAAAGCUCGUUAGCGACACGGUGGCCAGGUUUGGCAGGCUCGACAUCUUGGACUCCAACCUCCUGGUCAACCUGACGGGCCCCUUUGUCACGAGCCAAAACGCCGUUCGGCAGUACUUGUCACAGGAGCUCGUCAACGGGCACCGUGGUACCACCCUAAACGUUAUUAGCACAGCUGGAAACCACGGCGGAAGAGCAGGCGUCGCGUACACGGCCUCGAAACACGGCUUGGUUGGGUUAACUAAGAGCACCGCGGCGUUCUACGGUCCCAAAGGCAUCCGAUCAGUCGGGACCAUGCCUGGUGCCAUGCCCACUAAUAUCUCAGGAGGAAGUCAUGAUAUCUCGCGGCUCCACCCCGAGGGCAUGGCUCUGUCGGGGGCGACUUGUCAAACGUGGCAAGGUGAGCCUGGUAAAGGUGGCUGGAACCUCGGGAUAUCCCCUCUGGAACAGGUUGCCAAGACAGUUCUUGUCUUGUGUUCAGAUGGCAUGAACACCAUCAACGGAGCUCUAGUACCGACAAACAUGGGUUGGGCGGCGGUGUGA